GGCUUCAUAACAGAGCAGUCAGUGGGAACACUUGAACGCACGGAGGGGGAGGAGGGCUGCGAGAGAAAACAAACCGAGAAAAUUGUUCGCCUGAAACGAAAGUACUAAUAUCAAAGUGGCAUUCCGGCCCCCACCGUUAUUCGUUUUCGGAGUGAUCGGCGCGAUUGCGAUGUAGUUUUGUCGACUUCACGCUGCGGUGUUGCUCCUUUCCAAGCAUCCGGUAAAAAAUAAUAUAAGUGUCUGUGGGGCUACUGUACGGACGGCCAGUGCAGAACUGUUCUGAUGUGUCAAUAAGUUUGCGGCUGGAAUGAGAAGGCCCUGGCGUUUCCACCGGAUUUCAGGGGUCAUCUUCAUCGCAUGAUACAGCCUGACUGACAGAUCCAUCCUCAUCUUUCAAAUACCGUAUUUCCAUAUUCUGUGGCUCUGGUCAGCAGCAGUAUGAAGGGCGGAGGUGGAGGGAAAGAACCUCCGGUGGAAGGAGAGGUCAGCGGAAAGCGGCCCAAACGCAAGUGUCUGCAGUGGCACCCGCUGCUGGCCAAGAAAGCUCCAGACUUCUCUGAGGAAGAGGAGGAGGAAGAUGAAGAGGAGCUGGAGAAGGAGCCAGUGUUAUGUGCAGAGAGCGGAGCACAGGAAGGAGAAUGUGGCGGGAUGGAAGAUGACAGUGAGGAAUACUCCUCUGAACAACGGGCUCGUCGGCCCAUGAACGCCUUUCUGCUGUUCUGCAAACGGCACCGUUCCCUGGUCCGACAGGAGCAUCCGCGACUAGACAACCGGGGAGCCACUAAGAUCCUGGCAGACUGGUGGGCCGUACUGGACCCCAAAGAAAAACAAAAAUACACAGACAUGGCCAAGGAGUAUAAAGAUGCGUUCAUGAAGGCUAACCCUGGUUACAAAUGGUGUCCUGCCACCAACAAGCCGGUAAAGAGUCCCUCUCACUCUGUGAGUAACGCUCGCAAGAAGGUUUGGUCUCUUCCAUCCAAUCCUAGCAAGGAAUCUUCAGUUGCCAAAAAACAGCCCAAAGCUGACAGCACACCCCAGCUCAACUUCGCCAUGGCUGAUCCUAAUAAGAUGGGUGGCCUAAGCAUGCUGCUGUUAGCUGGGGAGCACGCGCUGACCGCCAGAGAGAUUUCCUCCAGCUCUUCCCAGACAGGAUGCACAGAUGUUGCUAAGCACGCUGGGAAAUCAGCCCUUUUCCAGCUGGCUGAGAUUUCUUCCAGUCCAGCACAGCCAGCUGGAGGAAGUAAGAACGCAGAGGACACAAGCUCCCUCACACAUGUAGAGGCCUCUGGACCAUCUCAGCCAAGUUCGCCAGACCUGCCCAAGAGUUGUGUUAAAUCACCCUUGUUUCAACUGGCUGAGCAGAUCUCCUCCAGUAGGUCUCAGUCAGCAUCUGAAGGGAAGCAGUGCGGCCAGUCGGCUCUUUUCCAGCUCGCUGAGAUGUGUUUGGCUUCUGAGGCUGAAAAGAUGGAAGCUCGAUCCUCCCAGCCCUCUGGCGGUUCCUCUUCACUCUGUCCUCAGCACAGUUCAAGUAGCCGAGUCACUGCAGAGCACGAAGAGCAGGCAGAAGCUCCUGAACUUCCUCUCACCACAUCAUCAUCAUCAUCAUCAUCAUCCUCAUCAUCCUCUACCUCCGGCUCCACCUCGUCCUCCCCUACUGACACCACCCCAUCUGAUCUCAGCCCGUGUAAGACGCCGAAGAAGAAGAAAAAGAAGAAAGAAAAUAAAGACUUAGAUGAAAACCCUGCAUCGCCCAAAAAGGCGAAGAAGCGCCAUUCGCCCGAGUCGGACUUGGACAGCGUGAUGUUCACCAUAGAAGCAGUAGCAAAAGGUGCGUGGGGUUCAGAAGAAACACCCAGGAAGAAAGCUCGUCCCUCAGGGAGUGAGAGCAGCCCAACAACGGACCAAUCUCCGGCUGUGAAGAAGAAAUCAAAACCUAAACCGAAAAAACAGCUGAAGUUAAAAGACGACGGCGCGGAGGAAGAGGAAGAAGUAGAUGAAGAUACCAAUAAACUGCAGGAUGUAGAGAUGAAAUCUGAGGAAGCUCCUCUGACUCCUAAAGAUGAGUGUGAGAAUGAGCCAGACGUGAAGGUGGAGCCACCUAGUGGCGUGGAGGACAUGGCACCACACUGCUCUCCUUCUGAACCUCCAGAACUGGAGGAGAAAGACACAGACAACAAACCACCUCAAACCAGACAGGAAGAUAAAGAGACGGAGGUUAAGCCGGAGUCCUGUGGGUCUAGGAAGUCAGAGCGAAGCUGUAAAGGAGCGCUUUAUAAGACUCUGGUGUCCGAAGGGAUGCUUACAUCACUGAGAGCAAAUGUGGACAGAGGGAAAAGAGGUUCCAUGCGAGGAAGUGUGUCCGACCAUGAGGGUGGCUGGAAUGACGAGAGCUGGGGAUUUUCUCAAGCUGUUACCAGCAACCCAAAAAAGCUCAAGAAGUCCAAGUCUAAAGAGGAAACCACCCCAGGCCUAGGAAAGCUUGAGGAGGAGUUCGAGAAAAAGUUCAACAGCUUACCGCAGUACAGCCCCCUGACUUUUGACAAAAAGAGUGUGGCGGUGACCAAGAAGAAAAAAAACAGUACAUCCAGCCCUCCUGAACCGCCCAAACCCUGCAAGGGUUCAUCUUCAUCUCAGAAAAAGACCUUAUUCCACAAGAUAGUGAACAAGUACAAACACAGGAAGGAGAAAUCCAGUGCCGCAGAUAAAGACAUCGUCCCAACUGAUCCCGUGAGUACAGAAUCAAGUCCAGCGGUGAAGUCGGUUAGUCCGUGUGUGUCUCCCUCUCCUGAACCCCAGAAGGUUCUGGAUACGCCUGUGGGCAGUCAGAAGAGGAAGGCCAGGAAGAAUAAAAUCACACAUUUGGUGCGCACGGCUGAUGGCCGAGUGUCACCUGCAGAGGCAGAAGACAAAUCCAAGGAUCAGACCAAGAAUCAGGAUGAAAAGCCAUUCACUCAAGAGACAUUAUGCAAUAGGGGGGUCAGCUACGAUGACCCCAGAUCAGCGGAAGAGGACGUGGCGGACACGUCCGGUGGUCUCCCGGCCUUCUUCAGUUUAGCUGCUCUCGCCGAGGUUGCAGCCAUGGAGAAUGUGCACAGAGCUCAGCGUGCUGUGAGCAUCCCCACCGAAGGUCAAGUGAAGGACAUGGCUCCUGUGCUGAUUUCCUGUGCGGACCAGUGAGGCCUCAGCCUGGCCCGGGACGGGUUUAGUCCGGACUGGGCUUAUGUACGGACAUGCUGAGGCCUUAAUCUUGACCCUCGGAUUCAGAUGUUGAGGGGAAAGAUCGUUCGAGAGCGAGAGAGACUGGAAAGGGAUGAGGGAAGCUCUGAGCCGGAUGAAGAUGUUUUGUCCCAGAAGCUUUCACCUUACACCCAACCCCAUCCUCCCUCCCUCCCUCUCUCUCACCCCCUCAGGGCCCUGAGGGAGCCAUUUCUGGUCCCUACGCCUGUUUCCUCUGGUGGCUCCGGACCAGUUAUCAGACUUUACAAUCUGCAAGAAAUGGCUACUAUUUUAAGGUCAAGUUUUGCCUACAAAAAGUGCAUUUGAAGCAAGUGCUCCCUCUUUAUCUUUCUCUAUCUUUACGUUUCUGUUCCUGGUCAGCUUCACUGCACAAGCGUCUUUUUUCACACAGCAGCUAACACCUUCUCUCGGUCAGAGGAACGUUUUGUGGCUUCCUGCCCCCUUUUCUUGCUCUGAGUCUUAUGAAGAGAGAGAAUGAGUGUUUUCAGACUGCUCAACCUCAGCCUCAUACCUCACAAACCUGUUCAGAUGUGUUCUCUGCACAGAAGCACCACCUUCACCUUCAUAAUGCACAGUCAAUGCCUAGAUGCCUCUUUCUUUCAAGCAAUGACCCUCAAUGUGUCGGGUGCCUCUGUAGAUGACAGUUGUUCAGAGAUAAACCACCUGUUUUCCACUCGCAGACAGCAGCGACGUGUCGGGGGGGAAGCCGGAUGUUUGCGCAAGUUGCGCUGCGGUCUACGUGCAGGGUCCAAAAUUAGCGCUUGCCAAGAAUAAAAUAGUUUUCCACGUAUUAAUAUACAUUACCGUUUAAAAGGUUGAGAUCUGUAAUCGUGUUUUUGAAAGAAGUCUCUUAUGAUCACCAGUGUUGUAUUUAUUUAAUCAGAAAUAUUUUGAAAUAAAAAAAUAUUUAUUUGCGAUUUUAAAAUGUAAUUUAUUCCUAUGAUGCAACGCUGAAUUUUCAGCUGCACUAUUCAGAUUUCAGUGUCACAUAAUCCUUCAGAAAUCAUUGUAAUGUGCUGAUUUAUCAAUGUUGUGCUGCUCAAUGUGGAUGGUUUUUCAACUUUCUUUGAGUGGAAAGUUUAAAAGAACAGCAUUUAUUUGAAAUAGGAAUCUUUCGUAAUGCAUCCUUGCUGAAUAAAAGUAUUAAUUUCUUUUGAAAAACUUUUGAACGGUAAUGUAUAUUCUAAAAAAUAACAAUACGUAUGUGUAAUUUUUCCCCACAAAGUUAAUUUUAGACCCUGCCCACGAGUGUUUCUGACUGACUCAUGCGAUGGAAAGCCAGUCGAACCUCCUUUUUAUAUCGUGACACCCCGUCACUUUUAGCUCUGCGCUCUUCUCUGACAUGUACAGCUAGCAAUGAGUUCAUUAUCAGAGCAGUAUGGCGAUACUUGAACGAAAAAAUGCAUUUUAUGUCAAUACUUGACCUUACUGCAGUGUGUAGCGUCUUGCUGGCUAAUCCAAAAGAGUGCUACUCCUCUCUAAUAUAGUUUAAUAAUAGACACUGCACUAAUUUUUAACUACCGUAGACGAUGCUUUUAGUUGUCGUUGGCUUUCGUUAUAAUAGCAAGUUUUGUUUGUGUUUUAGUCUCAAGUUAGCUUUUGUAUCAUCACUGAAAUACUCAGCCCUCGUUUUUUUCCUAUACCUGAGGCUGUAGACGCCAUUCCAGCUCAAAGUUUUGCUGAUUCUGUCCAUUCCUCCAAGCACAUGGUGGGAGAGAGUUAGAAAGGAAAAGAAAACAGGGAUUGACGUAGAAGAGAACGGUUUUUCUCUCUCUCACAGACACACUUGCACACACACACACCUUGAAUUGUGGGAGUCAGCAUAGCAUGUUCUCCUGCAAUGUGCACAUCCUGUGUUUCAGGCACUUGUGAGUCAGACCCUUGCAGGGUCAUGUUCUGGUCUUCAAACCAGAUUGUGUGCUAUGUGUCACUGACACGUUGCAAAAAAUCAUUUUCUUAUUAGUAUUUUUGUCUUGUAAAAGUAUCUAAAAAAUCUUUAGAAUGAGAUCAGUUUAUUUGAGAAGCAAAAGACUCCCCUCUUGAUUCAGCGAUGACCUUUUCUGUAGGUUGCAUCAGUAUGCUAGUAAGUGGUUACAAGCCAGUGUCAUUUUCAGGUUAGGAGGAAGUUCUGAAUCAUUUAUUUAGCGGAAUCAUUGGAAAGCACGGAGUUGUUAAAUCUGAGUGCCUACAUGAUUCGUCUGCUUAACAGAUUCAUUCAAAAACAGAAUUUUUAGGGCCUGAGCACUGGUGGUGCAAGGACCCUAUUGGAAUUGCUCAGAUUCGCAAUAUUUGAGGGCCUAAACAUGCUCGAAAACUCAUGAAACUGCACACGCCAAAAGUGGUGAAAAUUUACAUUUGAUAUGGGUUUCAGAAAUGGGUGUGGCAAAAUGGCUCAAUAGAGCCACCUAUAAAAUUUCAGCUAAAUGCCCCUCAAGCAGUGUUGCCAAGUCUUGUGGUUUUCCCGCAGAAUUGGGCUACUUUAACACUGUUGCCACGGGUUGUGUUUCAUGUCCGCAGGUUUAAGCAACCACAGUAAUGUGAUAUUUAUCCCCUGAAAUUCGAAUUUUACCUGGGAAUCCUGCGAAAAAUAUUAUAAUAAAAAUGCGUAUUUUUACCAUUUAAAGUGUCAAUUUUACCUGGGGACCCCUACCAAAACACUAUUGGGCUAGUUUUGAGUAGCAGUUGGGACUGUUUUGUUGUGAAAACCUGGCAGCCUAACUCGAGAAGCUAUGUUUCACAUACAUGUACAAAAUAACAAACCAAUACCUACAAAAAAGUCCCCUGGUACGAAGUCUGAAACCCAGCAGGAAGUCUGUUAUUUUGAAUUUUCUUGGCAAGUUUUAUGCCGUUUCAGGCGUUAUAUUUAAACAAAGUCCUUCUAGAGAUUUAAACAGAUCAACACCAAAUUUGGUCAGUGUAAUCUAAAGCCCUUUGUGACGUUAAAUUGAUCUUGAGUUUUCAUUGAAGGGCGUGUCUGUGGCAGCCUGACAAACUUUGAUGUUUUGUCAUGAAAAAGAAAGUUGCGCCAAAAUUCACGUUCAAAAUUCACUAGACUCCUGCCCAUGACCAUAUUCAGCUAUGGCAAUAGUGCCACCUGCUGGCAACAGGAAGCUAAGGAAGUCCUCAAAGAGAUUUAAUGGCAUCAGCAUUAUAUUUGGUCAGGCUACUUUAAAGGCCUUUGCAAUGUUAAAUUGCGACGAUCUUGAGUUUUUAUUAAAGGGCGCGUCUGUGGCAGCCUGACAAAUUUCGAUGCUUCGCCAUGCGAAUAGAUGUUGUAACUCAACCAUACAAUAUCUGAUCUGGCCCAAACUACACACAUUCGAUAAGAGUCCUGGCUUGAACACAUCUGAAGUCCAAUGUUUUGUUAUAAUCAUAGCGUCACCUGCUAGCAACAGGAAAUUACUUGUUUUACACUAACUUAAACAUGCAAUGUGCAGUAAACUUCAUGUUUGAUAAAAAGUGCUGGCCUGAAGACAUCUACAUGCCAAUAUCCAGUUAUAGUCAUAGCGCCACCACCUGGUAGCAGGAAGUUUGGCACAUAUAAAUGACUUUGACAUAUUCACUUUGAAUGCAUAUUGCCCACUGUUCACGGUUUUCCUAAAGCCACCAGGUGGUGGUGAGCACAGGUGCGAGGACCCUUUCAAAGCUGCUUGCAGCUUUAAUCCAAUUUAUUCUUGCUUCUCAGGUAAUUCAGUCUUGUUUUAAGGAUGUUUAGAUAUGUUACUGAAAAAGAUUUCUUCUCAGAAAAUGAUUUUGCAGUGCACAUCAGCUCCCUGUGUUCUUGGGCUGGUUCGAACCUCAGACUCUGCUUCCUGAAACCCUCCUGAGGUCGUAGGGAGCGUAGAUUAGAUAAAUGAAGGAAUGCUAUAAGCCAGAUCACAGGUUUAAAAGCCGCACACUCUUUCACUGUUCAAGUCAAGCUUUUUCCUUUUUAAUAAGAUGAUUGAUUUUUGUUGGUUUUGCUUUGAAAGUCACCGAUUUUUCUUCUAUAAAUGAUAUUGUCUGUGAAUUUAUGAACUUAUAUAACUAAUAAGGUUUUUUUGUACUUCUUCGAGAUACUGUAUUUAAUUUGUUCUCCUUAGAACACCUUCUGUAGGGCGCUGUUUUUUCCUCGCUUCGUUCGUAACAUUUCGUUUUAGAACCUCAGCCUUUCCUGGGGUGUGCUCUACUGGAUCGAGACUGUUGUCAAAAGCUCAUAUACAAAUAUCUGUGUAUAUAUAUAUAUCUAUAUAUACCUAUGCUUACCUGUUAAGCCAACAAGCACUGAUAAAGAAUGCACCGCCUCUAGACGAUUAGUUCCUGCUUGUGGACGUGUUCGAGACAGCCGCAUUGCCGCAUAUGGCCUACAUCUGGCGUGUGUGGUGGGGUGUGAGAAUCUGUGUCUGAAUGUUCCCCUUUCCUGUUAUUUAUACAAUAGAGGCAUUAACUCCAAGCCAAGGGUUUAAACCUCAGUGUAUUUUAAGUAAUAUAAAGCUUGUAGGCUGUAAUUGUGCCUGAGGCAGUCGUGAGACAUACUGAUGAUGUUUACCUGACAAAUCAGGACCUAAUCACUUUUAUAAGUGUGAUUUUAUUAAGCUAAUUUUAUAAAUCACCAAUACGGCCCCACUUAUGAAACUUUAAAAGUUAUAGUAGGGUAAAAAUGGUAUGAAUUAUGAAUAAUAAGAUACUAAACCACCUCCUCAGCUGUUUUGAAUCAGUUGAUUGUCAUUUCGGACAAUAUGAAUUGUAUCAAUCAGUAAUCGUAAUUUGUAAAUUAUCCCUUCUUCGGCAUUACUUAGAGUAGGCGCCAUGUUUAAUUUUACGAAAAUGCAUCCUUGCGUAAAAUUAAGCAUCGUCCACUAAAAAUGUGGUCACAUUUACUGUUUUUCAGUGGAAUUUUGUAAACUCCAGUCAUUUUAAUAGGAAUCUGGAGUUUUGCACAAGGGCGAAAAUGUUUCCAACACAGAUUUCGCUCAUGGUGAAAUUUGCGCAAAUUUGCUGUAAAUUCACUUGGUUUGAAAGUCUGUGAAUCGUGCUUCGUACAUUUCUACAAAAGUGACCGCAACUUAAGACCCUCUGCAAGAUUAUAUUUCCUCAAAGGAUGGUAGAUCACGAUAGACGCGACUCACUCGAGUCCCAGAUGUUUGUCGUUCACAGGAAGUUACCGUAAGACGUCUUCCCUCGCGCGUAACGCGCCUCAGACGCAUUUUAAGUUCUUCCCGGCGAUCAGGAGACGUGUUCGCACGUCGUUCUCUCAGACAUUUGCCAAAGAAAUGCGAAAAUAGUCUGUAAGGGAAAUUUCAGUGAUGCAGAGAGCCAGGCUUUAUUCCGCUGAGCUUAGCCCAGCGGAUCCGUCUUCAGGUUUCAAAUGUAUUUUAUCAGCACAACUAAUUCUUCUAAUCUUUUCUGAUGGUUUUUCCUCUGAAUUAACCUGCAGUGAGAGUGGUGUGCAAAAUGUUGGCACCUUUUUAAUACCUAUUUUAGAAAGACAAUAUUUGCACCUUAAACCCAUACCAAAACAACAUCACGUUCUUAAAGGGACAGUUCACCCAAAAAUACAAUUCUGUCGUUGUGCGCUCAUCCUCAUGUUACAGUAUUUGCAUGAUUUCGUGGAACAUGUAAAAAAAAGAUGUUUAGAAGAAUGUUCAUGCUGCACUUUUAACAAGUUCACUUUCUGAUAUUUGUCAUCUGAGAUGUUUAUGUCUUUCUUUAAGAAAUUAAAAAAUGUUGAAAUGAGCGGUAAUUUUAAAAAAAAAAACCUAACCACAAAUGCUUAUCUUACGUGAUUCACACAUAGUUAGUCCUUCGUCUGUGUACUUCGGUUCAAAAAGGUAGAGUAGGGUGAAAAACUCAUCUCAUUUUCUCCUCCAACUUCAAAAUUGUCUGACAUUGCUGUUUUACUUUUUUUUUUUUUUUUUUGUAAAGGGUGUUUGACUUUCUUUGCACGUUCACUUUGUAAACACUGGAUUGGUACUUCCGCCUACAUCACGUGUGAAGCCGAGCUAGUGCAAGAUGAGCAUUUGUGGUUAAAAAGUAUAUAAAUUUUAAUUUUUUUUAGAAAAUAACCAAUCGUUUCACCAGAUAAGACCCUUAUUCCUCGGCUGGGAUCGUGUAGAGCCCAUUGAAACUGCAAUUUGGACCUUCACUUCAUUGAUCCCCACUGAAGUCCAAUAUAUGGAGAAUAAUCCUGGAAUGUUUUCCUCAAAAAACGUAAUUUCUUUGCGACUGAAGAAAGAAAGACAUGAACAUCUUGGAUGACAGGAAAUUUUUACUCUAAAAGUGAACUAAUCCUUUAAAGCGUAUGUAAAAAUGACAAAAAACACCAUGAAAGUGUUUCAUAUGACUGUAAUUCAAGUCUUCUGAAGCCAUAUAAUAGUUUUGUGGAGAAAUGACAAAAAUGUAAGUCAUUGCCGCAUACUUUUAUGGUGCUUUUUUUCUCAUUUUGUCACCAUUCACUUUUAUUGAAUGGAAGAGUGCAGCAUGGACAUUCUUCAAAAUGUCUCUUUUUUGUUUUACGUAAGAAAGUGGAUAUGAGGGUGUAUAAAUGGUGGCAGAAUUCCAUUUUUGUGUGAAUUACCCCAUAGCGAUUGAUCCCAUCUCGCCAGAGUCCCCUCAUGAUUGUCAUUCUUUAUCGUGACCCCUGCGUAUCCCGAGGGGGAAAUCUGUGUAUUUUAUCAAACCGUCAUUGCUAGCGAGAAUUCGAAUGCGUUGAAUGAUAACACGGCUUCUUUGAACGUCCCUGCAUGAUGCAUCUUUAGAAUCUGAUCCCAUCCCACGAAGCCCCCGUCAUGAAGUUCACCCCUCUUUUUUCUAUUUAGAAGAUGCCUCUUAGCAAAAUGCCUCUAUGAAACAGAAAUUCCUAUAUUAGCUAUAAA